AGUAAAAGAAUACUGGUGCGAUUCCAUUUGAGUUUGGCCAAUCGCAACAUUACUUCAAGGAACAUGUAAGAACCAUCGACGUCAGUGCCAGUUUGAUAGAGAUACGACGAUAAAGAGGAUAUUAAGUCAAGUGGAUGAUUACGUAAAUUUAAAUAUUCUUUUGAUAACCAAUCGGUGAAAGUAUUCAUGUCGAAUAACAGUCUCAGAGCUGUAUCGUAUGAUGCUUUGGUCCAUCAAGAAUAUCCAGAUAUCCGCUAUACAGUUAUUACAAAGGCCAACGAUAAUCAGUUUGAAAUAUUUUUACCAUCAUUUACAUUGAUUAUAAUCUUAAUGGUUAUUGGAUUACCGGGUAAUAUAUUAACUUUGCUUGUAUAUACUCGGCGUUUAAAGAAGGCUGUUGCUAGACAAUUUCUUAUAACGAUGGCGACAUGUGAUUUUCUAACAUGCGCGGUUGUUAUGCCAACAGAACUUGUAAUAAUGACACACUUUUUCGAUUUGGAUUUAAGAUGGCUGUGCAAGUUUUUUCGGUGGUUUGCCUACAGUGUGAGUAAUAUAUCAUGUCUAACACUACUAGCAAUUGCGUUUGAACGUUACAGACUAGUCUGCAAGCCUUGGAAACCAAAAUUCACGGAUACAACAUCAAGGCGCAUGUGUUAUGUGAAUAUUAUAAUAUCGGUUGCUACUGCGUUACCAAUGUUUUUCGUCUACGGGACACAAACUAUUCCGUUAUUUGCAAUACAGAAUAUUACCGACGGCAAUAGAUUUAAUACAUCUGUUGAAGGUCUAGAUGUUCUGAUUUACGGAAAGUCAUGCUUAAUGGAUGAUGCAAUGGAACAAUUAGCAUUUUCAUUUUCUUUCGUGACCUCCGUGGCACAUAUUUCGUCAUUUAUAAUAAUAUUCCUGACCCUAAUAGUAUUAUUUAGCCACAUCAUAAGAUCUUUGGCAAAGCGCCAGAAAGAAUCAAUUUGUCAAAAGGAGGGGAAAAUAAAAGAGUCCUCGGCAUACCGAAUACAGAAGAUUAUAUUUAUGAUGAUAAUUCUAACAUUGUUGUAUGGAAUUAGCUACCUUCCAUGUAUAGGUGUCGUCUGCUUACGUCUUAAUAAUCCUGCAUAUUACAACAAACUCUCGGCAGCUGGGAAAGCAGUUUUUCAAUUUUUGUUAAAGUCCUAUUUUUAUGUUCAGCUUUGAACCCGUUUGUCUAUUGUUUUUGUAACAAUGUAUUUUUAGAAGAAUUGCUUUCUAUUCUAAAGGCAAUGUGUCCUUCCCAUUGUAGGAAUCAGUCGCGAUUACACUUCGAAAAACAUGGCUCUAUUUUUAAGGUAGAGGAUAGUAACAAGAUACCAUCAACAAAGGAAGCGGAAACUAUAGAAGUACUGUAAGUCUUUCUGAUUCAAGAUUUCAUCAGGUUAAUAACGAAAUGUUCCAAAAAAGGUAAUGAAACGUAUUUUCAAUAUGUAAGUAAUUAUCAAAUUCUUAAACCACGACGUUCGUGUUGUAUUGUGACAUUUCCGUAUCACAAUGACGCCAUUUAACAUUGCUUAAGGUAUGAUGUACAAAAUAUAAAAGUAGCAUUUUGUUUAUUUUUGUGUUUAUGUAGUUUGUGUUUAUAUUCCAUACAAGCGUUUUGAAACGUUAUUCUUUAAAAUACGUUUUGUAUAUGGUCUGUUGUUGUUUUACUUUACAUGUUUUAAGACGUCGUUUUAUAUUAGGUAAUCCUAACCAGUGACGUCAAAUAUAUAAACUUAAACGGAUUUAAUUUUGACAUGAGUUUUACAUUUUAUUAUCUCGUUUAUGUUCUAUAUAUUGUAUGUUGUAUAUCUCACAACAAAGGCAUAUAUUUAGUAAAGAUCUUAUCUAAUACCAAAGUUUAUUAUUGGAUAAGAAAUAUCUAUGAGUGCAGGAGUUUGCACUACUUUUGAUUAAAACAGUAAACUAUUUAUUUUAUGCAUAAAGAUAUUUAUUGUAGAACGUGGUAGCAACAUAUUUAAAGUAGACAACAUGUGUG